CUAGUGAAUAUGAUAGAAUUAGUGCAUGUGAUUCUGCUAAGGAAAUGUGGGAUAAAUUACAAGUGGCUCAUGAAGGAACUAAUGAAGUCAAGAAAUCAAAAAUUAACAUGUUGGUUCAAAAAUAUGAGCUGUUCAAAAUGAAAUCAGAUGAAGACAUUAAAGACAUGUUUACUCGUUUUACAAAAAUCACUAAUGAAUUAAAGCUUUUUGAUAGGGUGCUUCCUGAGGAAGAUAAGGUCAGAAAAAUUCUUCGCUCCUUGCCAAAAUCCUGGAGUUCAAUCAAGACGACAAUAGAAGAAGCUCAUGAUUUAAGUGUCAUGACUGUUGAGAUGCUGCAAGGGAAGCUUCUUACACAUGAAAUAGCCAUGAAAAAUGAUGAAAGUGAUGAUGAUUCUUGGAAGAAGAAAUCUGUAGCUUUCAAAAGCUCCUCCAAAGAUGAAAGUGACAGUGAUGAAGAGGAUGAUGAAGAAUUUAUAGUGCUUGCUCGAAAGUUUAAGAGUUUCCUAAGGAAAGACAAGCUAAAUAAUCAAGGACAACAAAAGAAAAACUACAAAAGUAGUAAAGGAAAGGGAGAAAACAAUAAAAAGGAUGAGAUUAUUUGCUACAAAUGCAAGAAGGCUGGACAUAUGAAAUCUGAGUGUCCAAACAAUGAUGAAAAGAGUCUAAAAGCCAAAAAGAAAAAGAAGGCAAUGGUUGCCACGUGGAGCUGCAGUAAGGACUCAUCUUCUAGUAAAGAAGUAAGUGACAUGGAAGCUCAUAUUUGUCUCAUGGCAAAUGAUGACACAAAUGAGGUAUCAGCAACAAACCCCAUGUCGCUGAAAGUGCUACAGUACAAAAAUGUACAUCCCACCCCUUGAAAAUCUGCUCCACUUUCAGCAAUAUACUUCUUGUUGCUGAAAGUAACUUUCAGCAAUAUACUUCUUGUUGCUGAAAGUAACUUUCAGCAACAUACUCCAUCUUGCUGAUAUUUUUUGGUGAAUUCUUUCCUAUUCAAUUGAACUCCACUUUUCAACAACGUGUUCCUUGUUGCUGAUAUUCACUUGCUGAAAGUGCCCCUUUUUUUUGGUAAAAUAUUUUUUUUUUUGUGAAAAAAUGCCUCUUGUUACU